GGGGGUGGUGCUGAAGGUCGCUCUCGGUGGGUCGGAGGGCUGGGCAAGAGGCUGUGCCCCACGCAGAGCCAUCGGCCGGGCUGAAGCAGGUGCCAGCUCCAACGUGGACACCAACAACAGAAAUAUGGUGUUGCUCUGGGGGCUGUUGCUGCUCUGCCUAUCUGCUCUGCACACUCAGCUACGGCUCCCUUUGGCUCAGGCCAGUGAGCAGCAGCGCCUCUCCUUAGACGAGGUCGUGAAGCUGAAGGACCUGAAAGGAGAUGGAGAGGUAGCGUCUGCUGUGCCGGGAGCCCUGCCGGAUGCGAAGCUGUCAGACACCUGGGAGGAGACCUACGGACACACGUCACCUUUCCCCACCACCCCAGAAGGAAUCAAGAACGAUGAGAGCCCUGAAGAUACGGCCAGAGCUGGGGCUGGGAACUGUCACGGAGAGGAACCGGCUGGGGAAGUCCUCUCUUCUGAAGAGGAUGAAGACAACCAAAGCUGUGACAUAACCUGGAAGAAGAGCCAGAGGCUAGCAAGCGGGCUGAUGAAAUUCAGCAUCGAUCUCCUGAGAGAGGUCCAGCAGGAGAACGACAGAAGCAACGUGAUCCUGUCUCCCCUCAGCAUCGCCCUCGCCUUGUCCCACCUGGCACUGGGAGCAGCAAACCAGACCGAGAAGCACCUGCUGGAGGCGAUACACCUGGAAUCCGUGCCCUGUCUCCACCACCUGCUGAGCGCCCUUCGCCGAAGGCUGGCAGAAGCCACGCUCAGCCUCGCGUCGCGGGUGUACCUGCAGAAAGGAUUGGAGGUGAAAGAGAAGUUCCUGGAGGAUUCAGAGAAAUUCUAUGGGGCAAAGCCCGUCAGCCUUUCUGGGAGCAGUGAGGAUGACCUCGAGGCCAUAAACCAGUGGGUAAAGGAGGCAACUAAUGGGCAAAUCCCCACCUUCCUGCAGCAGCUCCCUGGAAACACGGUGAUGCUCUUGCUCAAUGCAAUCCAUUUCCAUGGGUUUUGGAGGAAUAAGUUUGAUGCUGCCUUCACUUCACCAGACAUAUUCCACCUCGACGAUGAUUUCGUGGUCUCAGUUGAGAUGAUGAAAGCCCAGAGGUACUCCCUGAGCUGGUUCACACUGGAGUCCCACGACGUUCAGGUGGCCAAGUUUCCCUUUAAGGGUAACGUGAGUUUUGUGGUCAUUGUACCGCACCAGUACAGCUGGAACGCCACUCACGUGCUGGAGAGCUUCCCCUACAGACAGCUAUGCACGCUUUUCCCCGAAGAGGUGCCCACCACAGUGAAGAUGCCCAAAAUGAAAUUGGAUUACCAGCUGGAACUCAGCAACAUUCUCAGUCAAAUGGGCCUCCAGGAGCUGUUCACAAACCCAAACCUCCAGAAGAUCUCAGAUGAGUCUCUUUUUGUAUCCAGUAUCCAACAUCAGUCCAGCCUGGAGCUUAAAGAAGACGGGGUGGAAGGAUCCGCUGCUACCAGCGUUGUGAUAUCACGCUCGCUCUCAGCCUUCAACCUCGACCGGCCCUUUCUCUUCAUCAUCUUUGAAGAAGAACUGGGCAUCCCGCUUUUUAUAGGCAGUGUCCAGAACCCUAACCCCAACGCUGCUCCCCAGCUAAAAGAGCUACGACGCUCAGCUGCUGCAAAAGAUGACAAGGGGUACCCCAUGCCCAAAUAAGAGAGGAGCAGAGCCUAAGCAACCUGGGACUGCCACCUGGCCCUCUGGACCUGCUAAGAGGGGCCUCCUGUCACUGGAGACCUCCCUUCGAGGCCACAGAAGGCAAUUCCUUGCUUGUUUUCCUUUACAGAUCCCUAGAGACCGGCCCUGGGAUAUCCCAUUCCAGCCCUGAGAAGCUUUUCCUGGCUGAGGUUCCCCUCUGUUGAGCCUGAAAAGCUUGGUCUGCCUCUCAGGCCUGGAAGGGAGGCUUCCUUGUCCCCAGACUCUUAUUAGAGUCCUUAUUAAGCUCUUAUUAGAGUCCCCCAUAGCCCGGAAUUAUCAUUAGCAUCUGGCAGCUUGGACAGCAGCCAGGGAUAUUAAUAUGGUUCUUCCUUCCGCAGUUCCUGUGAACAUGCAUUCCUCAAAGUGUUCCUCUAAAAACUAUCUGUGCCCACCUAGAAAAUGACCUCUAAAUCAUCUGGAGUAGCACCCAGUUGUCUGCCCUGGGAUGAGGCAGAGCCCUUUCAGACAUUGCCUUUUCCCCGCUCCUUGGCUGUUGGGGUCUACAGCGAGGGAAACCCCUUUGGAUCCUUACCUCCAGUCCUUUUCCUGAGAAAUUCUAGGUUCUUGAAUAAUGCUAGAUUUUUCAUGGCUUAUUUUAUAAAGCAUUUUUUUUUAGUAAUUUUUAUGUUGGCAGAAUAAUAAAGAGUAAAGCAGAAGA